AUGGAAGUGAGAUGUCGUCCGGCGGUGAUGUACUGUGUUCUUGCCGUCCUCUGCUCCGUGGUUCCCCGCUCGCUGGAGUCUCCUUACCGGGACCGACAAUACCUGAACGAGUGGGCGGUGGAGAUCCCCGGUGGGCUGUCCGCUGCGGAGUCGAUCGCCAGAGAGCUGGACUACGAGCUGGUCCGACAGAUUGGGGCCCUGGAAGACCACUUCCUGUUCAAACACCGCAACCAUCCUAGCAGAAUGAAACGCAGCGCCAGCCACAUCACCAGGCAGCUGUCGGAGGACGAUCGGGUGCUGUGGGCUGAGCAGCAGUACGAGAAGCGGCGAAACAAGCGGGCGUCCCUCAGAGAGUGUAGGGACUGUCCAGUGGACAAGCUGUUUGAUGAUCCAAUGUGGAACCAGCAGUGGUACCUGCAAGACACACGGACGUCAUCGUCGCUGCCGAAGCUCGACCUCCAUGUGAUCCCCGUGUGGCAGAAAGGCAUCACCGGGAAAGGAGUGGUCAUCACCGUGCUCGAUGACGGGCUGGAGUGGAACCACACAGACAUCUACUCCAACUACGAUGCAGCAGCAAGCUACGAUUUCAACGACAAUGACCCAGACCCCUUCCCCAGAUAUGACUCCACCAAUGAAAACAAGCAUGGUACUAGGUGUGCUGGGGAGAUAGCUAUGCAGGCGGACAACAACAAAUGUGGGGUUGGAGUGGCCUACAAUUCCAAGGUUGGAGGGAUUCGUAUGCUGGAUGGGAUUGUGACCGAUGCCAUCGAGGCGAGCUCCAUCGGGUUCAACCCCGACCACGUGGACAUCUACAGUGCCAGCUGGGGACCCAACGACGAUGGCAAGACGGUGGAGGGCCCUGGUCGUCUGGCCCAGAAGGCUUUUGAAUACGGUAUUCAGAAGGGCCGCGGUGGGAAAGGCUCUAUCUUUGUUUGGGCAUCAGGUAAUGGCGGCCGCCAGGGCGAUAACUGUGACUGCGAUGGAUACACAGACAGCAUCUACACAAUCUCAAUCAGCAGCGCCUCCCAGCAGGGUUUGUCCCCGUGGUACGCUGAGAAGUGCUCCUCCACUCUGGCUACAGCGUACAGCAGCGGAGACUACACUGACCAGAGGAUUACGAGUGCUGAUCUGCAUAACGAGUGCACUCAGACACACACUGGAACGUCGGCUUCUGCCCCACUGGCUGCUGGAAUAUUUGCCCUGGCUCUGGAGCAGAAUCCUGAUCUUACGUGGAGAGACUUGCAGCACAUUGUGGUCUGGACGUCAGAGUUCGAUCCUUUGGCCAAUAAUCCAGGCUGGAAGAGAAAUGGAGCAGGACUGAUGGUCAACAGCCGCUUUGGCUUCGGUCUUCUCAAUGCCAAAGCCCUGGUGGACCUCGCCGACCCGGCCACUUGGAAGCACGUGCCAGAAAAGAAGCAGUGCAUCGUCAGGGAUGAUUCUUUCCAGCCGAGGGAGCUGAAAGCAGCAGGGGAGAUCACUAUAGAGAUUCCAACCAAAGCCUGUGCGGGGCAGGAGAACGCCGUCCGCUCAUUGGAGCACGUGCAGGUGGAGGCCAGCAUCGAAUACACCAGGAGAGGGGACCUGCACAUCACACUCACUUCCCCAGCCGGCACCAGUACGGUGCUGCUGGCCGAGCGAGAGAGGGACACGUCCGCUAAUGGCUUCAGAAACUGGGACUUCAUGUCCGUCCAUACGUGGGGAGAAGAUCCUGCUGGUACAUGGACCCUGAAGAUCACAGAUACUUCGGGCCGUAUGGAGAACGAGGGACGGAUUCUGAACUGGAAGUUGAUUCUCCACGGAACGUCAGAGAAGCCAGAGCACAUGAAGAAACCUCGGGUGUACAUUCCUUACAACGCUGUGCAGAACGACCGCCGUGGUGUAGAACAUAUGGAUGACAUGAUGGAGGAGUCAACACAGGCUCAUCCACCUCAGAAGACUGCACCUGCACAAGCCUCCUCUACUUCCAAUCCAGAGAAGGAGCCCCAAAAGCCCUCAAACUCCCCCUUCUCCCCCUCUCUGGCCCUGCUGCGUCUCCUGCAGACGGCCUUCAACCGGCAGACCCCGUCCCUGCAGCAGCCCCAGACCCUCACCAGGGCCUCCUCCGCCUGGAGGAAGCAGCAGCAGCAGCAGUCGGGCCAGAGCCUCCCAGCCGCCGCUACGAGACUCCCGCCUCAGAAGCUGUACCAGGCUCUGGACAUGAUCAACAAGUACCGGGGCGCCGAGGACAGCGUCUACAGCGACUACAGCGACGGCUUCUACAGCACCAAGCCGUACAGGCACAGAGACGACCGACUGCUGCAGGCCCUGUUUGACAUGCUCGAUGACGAUCGCAAGUGA